AUGACGUUGGAUCAGAGCCAGGAGCUGAAGCCUUUGGUGAUCACCAAGUCGCUUGUGGCUAAGGACGAGGAUGUGGAUUUGGGAUCUGGGAUGAGUAGAGUCUCUAUCUUCUUUGGUACUCAGACUGAACCGCUGAAGGUUCGCUUGUUCUUCAAGAAACCCGUUAAACGACUCAAAUCAAUGGAUAAAAACGGCAUUGUGUUGAUGCAAAGGUACAAAUCAGGUCGUCUCCUAGGUCAAGGCACGUUCGCAAAAGUUUACCACGCACGUAACCUAAAAACAGGAGAAAACGUAGCUAUCAAGCAAUUGAUCGGUGCAAUCGAUUAUUGCCAUAGCCGCAGUGUUUACCACCGUGAUCUCAAACCAGAGAAUCUACUUCUAGACGAAAAUAGUGAUUUGAAAAUAUCUGAUUUUGGUCUUAGCGCGUUGAGAGAGUCUAAGAAACAAGAUGGCUUGCUACACACGACAUGUGGAACACCUGCUUACGUGGCGCCUGAAGUGAUCUCCAAGAAAGGUUAUGAUGGUGCUAAAGCUGAUAUGUCCUAA